AUGCACAGUUGCAAUUGUGUGUACCUAUAUGGGUGUCUGUCCCCCCGUAGUUACAUGCGUGACCUGCUUCCAUACGUACAAUACUGUGUGGUACAUCCAUCUUCCCUAGAUCCGCCGACCUGGCCUGACCUGACAUCUCUCCGUCUCUCUCCUCCCCACCACCACCAACUUGACCGACCACCUACAAUAUUUAGCCUCUUGUCGCCUGGCCUGUCUCGCCUGUGACGAUCAUCUCGUGCAGACCCUCCUCAGCUGCUCCUCGGCUCUGCUCCAGCGACUAUUCCCCCCGUACCCAAUAUAUCUGCAAUCAGAAACCCCAUCGGACUUCUCCCUACCCGCUCCUUUCGUACCGGACAGAGACCCCGAUAGGAUCUCCUCGAACCCAAACCACCGUCAUCGCCGCCUCGAACACUCUCGUUGUAGCCAUCUCGCAUUCAAGAUGGUGUUUCUCAACUUACUGACAUUUGGCCUCUGGGGAAAGCUCGGACGACUCACCCACUACGCCGUCGACGCGGUGCUCAUCUCCACCAUCCUCGCCGGUAUGCGUCGGUCAACCGGUCUUACCUUCAACACCGAGCGCGUAUCCAUCGGCGAGAACAAGGAGGCCAACAAGUGGAUAGAGAAGUACCUGGGGGUCGGCGAAUGGGUCAUGGAUCAGUCUGUUGCGAUAGCCGGGUCGAGUGGUUGGUUUCAGCGCACUCGAUAGGGCGGUAGUAGGAAUGCCGUCGUCCUCAGACAAGCGGUAUCGCCACGUGUGAGAUGUCUUACUAGCGACGAACCCGCAUAACGACGCUCCUAUCGCCGCUAUCAUCAUCGCCCAAGUCUUAACCUCCCCCCGCCCUCUCGUCUACUACCUCUCGCCGCCGCCGCCCUAGAUCCCCCAUACUUACAAGUACGCCUACGUGGCCGCCCGACGUCCUCUUCGGAAAGGAUGGGAGAGGGAGGAGAGUAUGUUUGCUUGCCUUUGCGUGUUAUGAGGAAUUUUGGAUUCGGUUGCCUCCCCCGUCCCCCAUCCCCCCUCCUCGACAUGAAUAGGCGUUUGUUUGGCUGUAUCGUUUCAUAUAUCCGUUUGGUGCAUUUCCCGUUCUCGCGGUAGAACGGAAGGAAUGGACGGAUUGACGAAUGGAUAGAUGAACCCUCCUAUCCCCCCUUCCUACCCUACUCGGUUUGAUUUGUAUGUAGUUCGGUUGCCGUCACCGGCGUACAUCAUACGGGAAUACGAGGAGAUGAUCAACUCCUAUUAUGUGCCAUCUAUCUUGCCUUGCCGUUGUUAUCGCGUAGUCACGUUAGGAUAUGAGAAUGAUUGUUUAUCAUUCCAAA